CCAAAAAUAAAGACAGUCCAGACAGACAGACAGUCGCAGUCCCUUCAAGCUCUUCUGCACACAGCUACAAAUAAACAGGGUAUUUGCUAGUCGAGACCCGCUCUCUUAAAUUAUCAGUCUCGAUUGCUUUGCUUUGCGUUGGGUCUUGGACUGGUCGACUGGUCGUCGCGACUGUUUGACUGGUCGAGUGCCUCACCUGCUGCUCGUCUGUCCGUCGGCGGGCAGAACUCAACUGAAGCUCAGCUGUGGCUCAGCGCUUUGUUUUUUGUAUCUGGCGUAUAAAAAGCAUCUUCAGCUGGCGCACAAAUUUUAAUCAGUCCGAAAGGCUGCGUCCGUCCACAACAGAAACGAAUCGCUAACGAAUCGCAUUCGAGACUCAGCUGAAUACGCGAGUGAACAGUGUUGUAAAGUGCAAACACAAGUGAAUCAAUCCAAAGAAUCUAACGGCAAAAAUGUCUCACAAAAAAUCCGUGGCCAAUCUUCUGCUGAUGGGGCUGGCGCUGCAACUGACCUCGGCGGUGCUGGCGGACGUCUCGCACUUGGAGUACUCAAUCUCGCCCAGCUCCCAGCUGGGCGCCUAUCACUAUCCCGCGCCACGUGCCCCGCAGCGUCAGCUGUCGCAUCAACAGGUGGCGCGACAAUUUGUGGAGCCAGCCCUGGAGCAUGCGGCCUUUACCCAGGUGCUAACCAGCAGUGGCUACGUGUUCGGUGGCAGCACAGUCGCCGCCGCCGCCGCUGCCUCGGCACCACUGACCGCUGCCGCCGCAGCGACGGGUCGUUCCAUAGGCUCGCCGACGGCGCAUGCGGAUGCCAAUUCGCUUAAUUUGAAGCUGCCCGUGCCCUUUGGCCUGAUGCCAUUGAAUGUGGCGAAUUUGCCGCUGCAGGCGGGCGCCUCGUACGCCACAGUGCCGCGCACCACCGGGCUGACCUCCUACGGCACGGCGCAAAUACAAAGGCGCUGACCACCACCAGUUGCACCACAUAUGUAUAGGAUUUCGUAGGCAUCGAUUUUAGUUGAUAUUAAGUUGAACGCAAGCCACAGAGUCAACCGACUGUUUUAUUACCUCUGUGUGUGAGUGUGAGUAAGUGUGUGUGUGUGUGUGUGUGAAUCAUCUUAGUGAAUAUACUCGAAAUAUACUCGAAAUAUAUUCGAAAUAUGCUCGUAAAUAAAGUAAAAGCUACUUGCCAUUUAAAGCUCUCGCCACAACUAAACACAAAGAUCAAAUUUA